UUUCUUAUCUCUACCUGCUUCUCUGUUGCUUCUCUUGAUUUCCAUCUUCUUCAUCCAUCGAAUCAAACGCCAUUGUUGUUCCUUUCUCCGUUUCUUCGUCUUCAUUUCUCAUUAUUCCAAGAGUUUCAAGAUCUGCUUUCAAUUUCACUUCCUAUGUUCUUGUCCCUUUUUUGAAGUUUUUACUCAAUCCCUAAAAGGACGUUUGCUGUCGUUCAGCUAGUUUUUGCAGCAGGACAACAAUUCGACUCACAGUUUCAUGCGAGAUUCUCGGUUCCGGAACUGGAAUGGGGAAAUCCGGUGGCGGUGGCGUUAGGGCGGAGAUUGAUACUUCCGCGCCCUUCGAGUCGGUGAAAGAGGCCGUCAGUAGGUUUGGUGGAAGCGGCUUUUGGAAACCCUCUCACAGUCACAGUCACAGUCACAGUCACAGUCAAAGUCACAGCCAGCUAUCUGAACCCGAGCAUGAUAAAGAUGAGGUUGACAUCGAUGUUACAAUACUGGAGAAGGAAGCAAUGAGCAUGGAGAGUGAAUUGAUUGUCAAAGAAAGGGAGACCCUGGAAGUAUUAAAAGAACUUGAAGCAACCAAGAGGAUUGUGGAAGAUUUGAAACUGAAGCUGCAGAAAGAAGCAUUUGAAGUCAGUAUGACUUGGGCCACGAAGAGAGAUGAUAUAAAUGCAACUGCUGCUAAAGAAGCAGAUAAGGAAAACCUUGGACCUACUGACAGUCAAGGUCAGAAUGUGCAAAUCUCCCCUCCAGUACCUGGUUUAAUUCUUAUGGAAUUGGAACAGGCCAAGCUAAAUCUUACUAGGACCACUAGUGAUAUUGCUGAUAUUCGAGCUUCUGUUGAAUCUUUUAACAAAAAAUUAGAGAAAGAAAGAACUGGACUUGAGAAAACUCGAGAGAGGUUAGCCCAGAAUUCGUCCAAUAUAUCGACUCUUGAGGAAGAGCUAAACCAAACAAAACUGAAGUUACAAGUGGUAAAAGAUGCUGAGGCAAAAGGUUUUCCGGAUAACCCCUUAGAGAUUUCAAAGGAGCUACAAGAAUUAAGUUCUGAGGCAGAAAGGUUUAAGAAAAUGAAGGAAGCAGCCAGACUAGAAGCUUUGAGAAUGGAAUUUGAGAUUGAACAGAACAAGGCCAUGCUAAAAACAGCUCAAGUCAAGUUGGUUGCAGCCAGAAAAAUGAAGGAAGCUGCUAGAGCAGCAGAAGCUGUUGCUCUCUCUGAGAUCAUGAUCUUAACCAAGCAUGGAAGUCCAUCGAGUGAUUCCUCACUAACUCAUGGAGGUGAAAGUGUAACUCUUUCGUGGGAGGAAUAUUCUACUCUUACUCUUAAAGCUAGUGAAGCUAAAGAACGAUGCAGAAAGAGAGUUAUAGACAUCAUGCAACUAGUUGAUGCCGUGAACACAUCAAAAAUGGACAUCUUAAAUCAGGCAGAGAAAGCAUCUGAAGAACUCAAAACAAGUAAAAGUGCAUUGGAAGCUGCUCUGAGCAGGGUGGAUGAUGCAAAUCAGGGAAAGCUUGCAGUCGAAGAAGCGCUUCGUAAAUGGAGGUCAGAUCACGGUCAGAAAAGGCGUACCGUUCAAAGCCCUACCAAGUUUAAGAAUGCUUACCCUUCUCACUUGAAAAGAGAUUCUAGGCUACUUGAUGUAAAUGGAGUGAACAUGAUCAGUGAUGGACCAACACCUGUCUUGAAGCCAACUCUUUCGAUAGGACAAAUACUAAGCCGAAAGUUACUACCUCCCGAAGAAUUUGACACAGUAACUCUCCCUGAGAAAAGCUCAGUUAGAAGAAAGAUGUCACUUGGUCAAAUGCUCAGCAAACAAAGUGGUGAUGCAUCCUCUUUUAAGAAGGUUGAAAAAGAUAUUAGCCAGAAGCAGAUUUUUGGAAAAAGAAAGAAGUCAGGAUUCACUCGGUUUACUCUGCUGCUGGCGAAACAAAGUAAGAAGAAGAAGAAACCUGCAGUCGGUAAGAAGUAACCAAUUAGUUUAGUUUAACUAAUAUCAAGAUCAUCAUCCAUUGAUGGCCUCUAAGUGGCUUCUCUUGUAUCUUCCUUCCCCUUGUUAGGUCUCUACUUUAAGAUGGUGUUUAUAUUUUGGAUAGUUUCUAGAUGGCUUUACCUUAUAUAAUUUGUACGUGUUGUUCAAAGAUUGUUAGCCUAGUGCAAAGUUCACAACAGAAAUGCAGUCUUAGAGUUCCUAACCAUUUCAGCUUUGUUGAAUGGAUAAAUAUUUGUCCAAUUCUAACUUGUAUUUUUGCUGGAAAUGGUAAUUGUUUAUCCCAGCUAUGGCUUUAUUAAGGUUGACAAUGUGG